UUUUAGGCUAUUUACGAUAUGCUUGGAGCAUGCUCAUCAAAUAGGCCCGCUGAUUCUGCUGAGGAACGAGCGAAAAAUAUAUUCUCUAAAAUGGAUGAGAAUAACGAUGGUCAAUUAACACAGGAAGAAUUUUUAAAAGGCUGCCUUCAAGAUGAAGAAUUGUCGAAAAUGUUGGCGCCCUAAACUCUUAUUCUCAUUUAUGUAAACAAUAUUUUUAAACUGAAACUUCUUAAUAAUAAGCUAUGCACAAUAAACAUAACUAUUUAAAAAACA